AUGUCAACGCGCCGUCAUUUCGGGAUUGCCUUACUCUUAUGUAGUAUGAGCUUGGGUUAUAACUACAGGCUCAUAGAAAACCAUGAAGAUUGUAAAACAUGUCCAGCGCGAAAUAAGGGAAUUCCAUUCGUAGAACCGCGUUUGGAUAAUCAGCAACGAGAUUUUUAUAACGUCCACGAUAUAUCCAGAAGACAUAACUUCAACUCCAAUGAAAAUGAAAUAAAAUCUGAAAACUGGUUUAUGAGGAUUUUCAACAUAAAAACCGUAAGCCGCGAAAUCCCAGGAAAUGACGAAAGUAAACAUACGGAUGGAUUUGCAAGACGCCUUCUUGACUUCUUCAGGUCGAACCCUAUAAUGGGGGAUUCUUUACAACAGCCUAAAUACGAACCAAAAAUCCUUUUCAUAUUAAGGAAAAAUCCUCAUCCAGAAGAACACCAAAUUGUUAAAAGGGAUCCUAUACCAUACAAUUUCAUGUGA